AUGGCCUCUCAACAGGAUCUCCAGGAGCUGAUCCGCCUCAUGACGCUGGGCAUGAAGGUGCCUAUCAAAGAUGCCAUGCUACGUGUCAAGGCUUUGCAGGCCGGUAACCUUCGCAGCAUACAGCAGAUCGCUGAAGGUCCCCUAGUCGAUGUUGAGGCCGCCAUCAAAGACGCCAAAGCUGCCAGAUCCCUCCACAGCGCCUGCAAAGCUCGGUUGAAGAAUCCUGCAGCAUCAUCAACCGGAAAACGGGCCGGUACCGACCUCACAAACGCUGCGAAACGCUCGAAACUCUCCAGCGGGCUCCUUGAUGGCCCCGAACCUGUCGCGCCCCAUGAGUUUGAAGCCUCGCUGGAGCUACCUGUUGACACGGACGAGCAAGCAAUCGCCGAGACGAUACUCCUGACCAACCGAGCACCACUGGUACUAGCCUUCGCCGUGGAGCUUAUGCGAUACACGAUGCCUGAACAACCACCCUCGAGCCGGCUGAGCCUGGCGCAGGCAGUCGUCAGCGCCAACUCGAGAAGCAAGGCUGUUUCUAUAGGCUUGGAGCAGGGGCCCAGCGCCGACGACGAAGGCUGGGGACACGGACAGCCCAGAGUCAGGGUCAUGGGACGAGAGGUGACGGUGCUCAAGAGAGGCGGCUACGAUUGGAAGGGGGACGAAGAAGUUGGGGGUGACAAAGCUGUGGCAGGCGAUAGUGGAGGCACAGCAAGUGUGGCAUCGAGCGCUACCGAGACGGGUGUCAGCCAGAGCAGAGAAGGUAACCAGGCUCCCGCAAGUCAGGCGUCAAGGUCGUGGUCCGUCAGUCAACCUGUCACCCUGAAGCAGUCAACAUUUGUCGUUCGUGCGACCAGCUUGACUGAACCGUCUAAACGCCAAUCGACAAUACAGUCCCUGCUGGCAGCAAAUCCAUCUCUGCAAACGGCGACUCACAAUGCAUGGGCGUACCGGGUCAAAGUGCCGACAAACCUGUUCAACGCGACUACGAUCAAGGAGGAGUCGUUCGACGAUGGCGAGAGCGGAUGUGGUGAUGUCCUACUGAAGAAUAUGCGAGAGACUAACGCCGUCGAUACCUUGGUAGUGAUGACGCGGUGGUACGGCGGUAUCAUGCUAGGUCCCGAUCGCUGGCGGAUCAUGCGGAACUGCCUGAAGGAAGCAUUGGCAGAACGCCUGCGGGUAACAGGAGAUCAGGCCUCUCUGAGCGGGGAAGCCGUUUGGGGCCUGGAUCUCGAGGCUAUGAAAAACAAGACCGGCGCUGCCGGCUCUGCGUCUAGUAGAUCGUAUGAGGCGGGUGUUGUUGGCAUGCCCAUCCACAGACCCGAAGCAGCCAGAGCCUACCUCUUCAAGAGCUUCGCCACAAGGGCAGAAGUACCUGAGAAGGAAGAGGCCGGCUCCGCAGCCGGCGAGGGCACAAAACAGGAAGAUGACACAGCCACGCCCCGCAAGGGCAGCGUGUCGAAGUCUGCUAAGACGAUACCGAAGAGAAAGACGGCGAAGGCCCUCGAAGCUGAGAAAGAAGAGAACGUCGCCACGCUACUCGGCGCCAUCAGACUGGUGUAUGACAGUUGGGCCGAUCACCUAAGCACUGCCGACCUUGACCGCCGUGCCUGGACCUGGUACACAUCGGUGCGGCCGGAGGUGGAGAGCGGACCGUCUGGUUGGGGAGCCAAGGGCCGCCUGAAGUUGUCUGAUAUUCUGGCGUUACGGCGGAAAGAGACUUGA